AUGGCGUCCAGGGAAUCUACGGAAGAAAUUGAGCUCUUUUGUCGGAUUUUUAACGGUGUGCACGGAUCAGUUGACAAAGGUCUUUUAACUAACAGCAACGAGUGCGUUGUUGUUAAGCAUAUUCGAUUAAGUAUCCACCAACCGCAGCGUGAACUGCAAAUUCAACGCUUAAAAGCGAAUUUCGAUUUCACCGCCACCUUGCAGCAUCGGAAUCUGGUACGUGAGAUCCAUCACCAGGAAUGCGAACACGACAAGGAUUUGGCUAUUAACCUUGAGCCUUGGAGAUACGAAGUCAUCAUGGAGUUCGUUGCAGGUGAGAAUCUGCACGAUUUCUCGAGUACGAACGUGAUAACCGCGCCGCAGUUGCAGGACAUAGUCGUCCAAAUGGUUGCCGGCCUGGACUAUCUGCACGCACACCGCUACGCUCACCGCGAUUUGCGGGGCGCCAACAUAAUGAUUUCUAUCAACGCUCAGGGUGAUCCGCAUAUCCAAUUCACCGGCAUGGGACACGUCGCCGUCGCGCUGGACCGGCCCAGCGGAGCGCAGCGAGAGCGGGGAGCGUGGCUGUUUCUGGCGCCCGAGCGAAUCACCGGCGAAUGCAUCCUGGACGAGUCCGGCGAAGUGGCCCUGCGCGGCGAUAUGUGGAGUCUGGGUUGUGUCGUGCUGGAGGUGAUUAACGGCGGUUGGCCGGAGUUCUGUCAAGAAGACGGCGACGGAGAGCGGCGUCUCCUAACGGACGACGUGAAGGUGCUGCUGUUCGUCGGCAACGGAGGUGUGCCGACUGUUUCCGCGUUGCUUCCCACCGAGAUACAGGACUUUGUCGGCAAGUGUCUGUGCCGCAAUCCGCGUGAACGCUGCAUGACUAAGGAGUUAAAAAUGAAUGCGUUUCUGAAUUGCUGCAAGGAUACCGUGUCGCAAUGGGAUCUGCCGCAACGGGUCAGACAGGAAGCCGAUCCCUUCCUCUACCGGAACUGCAGCCGCUUCCGCCGAUAG